AUGUUCAUGCCAUACCACGAAGACCCAGACUCCGGCGAUAGUGAGAGUGAAAUGCCAUUCUCAGAAGACGAAGCUGCAUAUGAGAGAGGUACUCUGAUGACCUCAGGUCAGUUAGCCUUCAAGAACACCAGAAAGAGAGAGACUAAUCCCCACCAAGGUCAGAACUCGCAGCGCGUAAAGUACGCCCCUGCCGGAUCUAUUUGCGAGGCCCGCAACGAGUACCCUGACGACCUCACCGUCCCGGUCGAGAAUACUGAAUCUGGCCAGUACGCAAUGAUUAGUGACUUGCUCAAGAAAUUCCUGAAUAAGCUCCUCAAGGGCUACCCCGGCCUGACGAUGGCGCUGAAACGGGUUGAAAUCCAGACGCCCUUCAUGCGAUUUAUCCACCGGUGGGAGGCAUUCUCCAAGGCCCGGGAGGACAUCGAAGACUCCGCGACAAGGUCUGUGGUCGACCUUCUGUACAGAGUUCUGGAAGAAGAACUUGGUGAGAUCAUUACCCACAAGAAGGACCUCAUCCACAAUUGUGUGAUCACUCACGUCUUUCUUUGGGCAAUCUUUGAACCGGGAGCCCAUCUUUAUUCUGUCGAUGACGAUCAUGAGCGUGUCUUCGAAUUGCUGUCGAUUACGUUGAGCUCUGAUGGGGUAUUCGGUGUGUCCUCCAUGUACAUCGAUUAUGAUGGAACUAGCUUUGGAUAUAGGAUGCAUGACGAACACAUCUGCCUGUUCGAAGGGACACAGCCAAUUAUUGCCCUACCCAUUUUCCCUCUAAAGUUUCACCCGAAGGCAGGCGCCGUGCAGGAGAAUCUCAUUGCCCCGGGGAAAUUGUGGGAGAAAUACAGCGGGUAUCACUGCAAGCAGUACGAAGGACCUGGGUUCGCCAAGUUCAUGGGACGACACAUCCAGAUCAGCGUCAAGAGCCGGAUCAUUAUUGACGGCGAGGCGUUCAAUACUUUCAACCCCAACCACUCUAUCAAGGUUGAUCCCUGCCUCAAACCACUAAACGAUGAAAAGCGGCUUCUGGCGACUCCCAUGCAGCGUGGGUACUCACUGAAGGAUAAAAAGUGGCUCGAAGUCCCUCUUGAAGGGGUGCGGGAUAUUGUCUGGGACUCACAAGCCUUCGACUCGUUGGUUCUUCCGGCAGAGCAGCAGCGGCUACAUUGUCUGAUUCUGGCCAUCGCAAAGGCUCAGUCCAAGCAGAUGGAUACCUUUGACGAUGUCGUGCAGGGCAAGGGUAGGGGCGUCAUUCUACAGCUGAGUGGUCCUCCUGGAGUAGGAAAGACACUCACGGCCGAGAGUGUGGCAGAAGCCAUGCGGGUUCCUCUGUACGUCCUGAGUGCGGGCGACCUCGGCACAUCUGCUGGGAACGUCGAGAAGGCAUUGAAAGAUAUCCUUCGCAUGGUCCCGAAGUGGGGUGCUGUGCUCCUGCUGGACGAGGCAGAUAUGCUUAUGGAGACGCGCAAUGCGAGAGAUCUGGUGCGAAAUGAGUUGGGUAUUUUGUUCCUCACGACCAAUCGUGCCGAAAGCAUCGAUCCGGCGUUUGAGUCGCGGAUCCAUAUGUCGGCUCGGUACCCUGCCCUCGACGUCAAUUCACGGCGCCAGAUCUGGGCACAGUUCCUGGGUGGCAGCAUGGGCUUCUCAUCGGAACAGCUGGACUCUCUUGCCCAGGUGAAACUAAAUGGCCGGCAGAUUAAGAAUGUGGUGAAGACAGCGCAUCUUCUGGCGCGCGAGCAGGACCUUGACAUCGAGUAUGAUCAUGUUCGGGCGGUUUUGGACUUGCGAGCUGCGAAUCUGAUGGAUGUGGCUCGUUGAUUCACGCCACCUUUGGUGUAAUUCAGUGAUGCAAAUGAUGCGAGAUAUUCUAUCUUUUAUUGAACUUUGCC